GGGCUGUGGGGAUCAAACACCAGCAAGUAUUGAAUCAGUAAUGUGAAAUUUUUGUCUUUGACUAUCGCGGUUCUACUCAGACAGCGUUAUUCAGGAGGAGCUGAGUUGGACCGUGUUUGACAAGUUUCUUUUUUUUUUUUUCCUUUCUGUAAAAAUAAAAAUUCGUCCCAGAUUUUUUCGAACUGUUUAUUCACACCUGCCUGAUGUUAGUUGUGCGCAAGCAUCGGCAGAAAGUAUGAGUACUGGGCGCAAGGGGAGGGAAGAGAACAUUUUUGCCACACGCAUGAAGUGAGUUGUCCUUCUUGGCAUUCGCACCGCGAGCUUCCAGUCUAUAUAAGAGAGGAGCAGUCGUCUGGAUUUCUUUGAUCUAUUUUUCUCUUCCUACUAAAGGGACCGUCCUCCUUGCUAGAAAAUGUAUUAGCUUAAUUCUAGCCCGCAGUUUCUGUUACAAUGUGUUACAAUCGUGUGUCUAGUCCAAAACGAGGCUAAUUGUCAAAUCAUAGUUUCUAGAGAAUAACUUUUUAUCUUUCAAUUAUCAACGUACGCUCCGGAGUUUAAUAUCAAUAGAAAAAUAAAUAAAUAAAAGGUCAAGAUGGCAUUCUUCUACUUUGCAUCAAUGGCUGACAAGAUCCACUCGAUCUUCCUUGUGUUCCUUUCCAUCCACUUCAUCACACUUCCGUCAUGCGCAGAAACGAUCGCACCAGUUUCCGAAGACUAUUACAAUAUGACAAAAAGCACACUUCCGCCAAUUUUGAGGCAAGGGGGAGUAAAAACGGCAGAAAGUAUGCCAAGCGAGAGAUUGCAGAGAAUAGUCGAGAUGGCCAGCGCCAGUGAUCCUCAAUCUAUAGACAAGGAAUCUAUUUCAAUGUCAGCAUAUCAGAGCUCAAACAUUUUAACCAAACCAAAACCAGAGACUGCGGGCAGUCAGGAAGCCCCGGAGCAUGCCUCGUCAGGCUUAUUAACAAAACAUCCUUACGGCAAACCCAAGAAACAUAUAUUCUGCUAUUACGGAUCUUCUGCCAAUGCCAGGCCUGAAUUGGGCAAGUUCUGGCCUGAAAAUAUCGACCCCUUCUUGUGUACCCAUCUGAUCUUUGCCUUUGUGGACAUCACAGAAGAUGGCACGGGUCUGCGGCCAAACAACUGGAACGACUUGGGAGAAAACGGACUCUACGCCAGGACAUUGAAGUUGAAAGAGAAAAAUAAAGAUUUGAAAAUAUUGCUUGCAGUCGGUGGCUGGAAGAUUGGUUCCAAACCUUUCCUUCCGGUGAUAGCUAGCGAGUCCACAUGGAAGGUGUGGGUUCAAAACGUCAUUCUCUACCUCAGGAAAUUUGGUUUUGAUGGCUUUGACAUGGAUUGGGAGUUCCCUGCCUGGAGAGGAAGUGGACCAGAAGAUAGACAGAAAUUUACCUUACUUAUGAAGGAACUCUAUGAAUCGUUUGCGGCAGAAGCUAAAAGUUCAGGAAAGGAGAAGUUAUUGCUAACUUUGGCCACAGCUUCCAGCGCUUUCUAUAUUGAAAAGUCUUAUGAGCAGUCAGAGAUACACAAGUACAUUGACUACAUGCUGCUCAUGACCUAUAAUUACCACGGGUCAGGCUGGGAGAAACAUACUGGACACCACAGCCCACUGCUGCCCCAUCCCCUUGACCCAGAAGGGGAACAAAGGGAGCUUUAUAUUCUUUGGUCUGUAAAGUACUGGCUGAAUUAUGGUGUGCCUAGAGAGAAGAUAAUUGUUGGACUGGCCACUUAUGGUUUAGGCUGGAAACUUGUGGAUGAAACCAAAACUGGAGUUAGAGCCCCUGCUGAUGGAGGGAACACCAAAGGAAAGUACAGCGAGGAGUCUGGCAUCUUGUCUCACUAUGAGAUUUGUGAACAUAUUCUGAAGGAUGGAUGGAAAGUGGAGUGGAUUGAAGAGCAGAAAGUUCCUUAUGCUUAUGGUCAAGGUGAAUGGAUUGGGUUUGAUUCUCCGGACUCCUUUUACCUUAAGGGUAUUACAAUCAUUAAAGAAGGUCUCGGAGGUGCCUUCGUAUGGUCAGUUGAAAUGGAUGACUUCAAUGGGCACUGCGGUGGACCAAAGUACCCCAUGCUAAGAACAAUUUAUGAAGUGUUCACUCAGUCCUCUACCUCGGCUAAUCUCAAGUUUCCAGAGGUGAAGUCUGCCUCUGUCCAAAAAAGCCUUUCCAUCGACCACAGCCAUUCCCACUCAGCUUCAGCAGCAGCAUCACCACUGUCAGCUCAUGACCAUUCCUCCUCCUCAUCUUCGCAUUCCUCCUCUGAACAUUCUUCAGAUGAACAACAUCAGUCUCAUGAACAACCUCAGUCUCAUGAAGUCAGCCAUGAAGAGUCUGAAGGCCCUGAAUAUUAUUAUGAGGAAGCAUCAAGCAUUGAUUUUGACUGCCACAGUGCUGGUCUGGGAAUCCACGCUGACCCGCACUCUUGUCAUCACUUUGUAUUGUGCACACCUUCCAGCGACAACAGCAUGGGAGCUUUCCGCAUGAACUGUCCUGCGGGAACGCUGUACGACACUCACCUGAGGAUCUGUAACCACCAGCACAAUGUUCAUUGUGAACACGACUGAAGUUUCUCAACACUGACAUCAUGAUGUCAUUUUGACCUUUCAAGGCAUGGACAUCAUGAUGUUGUCUUAAUAAACUAACAUUGACAUCAUGGUGUCACCUGUUUAAUUAACACAGACAGUAAAGACAUAAUUGGCUGAAUCUUUUUCCCCCCUCGUCAAUUUUCUAGAGCAGUGUUUCUCAAACUGGGUUGUACCUUGUGUCCAGCACUACAAGUGGUUUGUUGUCUAUACACUAAAUUCAAUUUCAAUCUAAAAUUUUUAGCUUCUUUAAACUCUGUUGUCCACUAUGUUUAAGUGUUUAAUCUUCUCAGAUACACUUUGGUACUAAAAGGAGUUUUAAAACAUUUUAAAUGAUACACUAUUAUGCAAAUUGUAUAUGUUAUUUCUAAAAUAAAGUCAAAUUGACACAAAAUAAGUGUUUUUGUAAAGAGAUCUUAAUGUUUUUAAAAGCACACUGGUGUCUUUGAAACUAAUUAAUAAUUGCUAAAAAAAAAAAUUAGGUUUCAAGCUGAAAGUAAGAUCAUGUCUUUUUUUUUUUUAAACUGUUAACAAUAACCUUUUAUCUACUCAACAGUAUACUAAAAUCUUCUGUUCGUAUUGAAAUGUUGAAGUACCAUAACAUAUAAGAAAGAUAAAAAUAGGCCCUAAAGGUUUUUGUUCACAAAUGCAUUAUAUUAAUAGUAUUUGAGAAGCACUUCUUUUGGUAUUUGACAAUCUUAUUUUCAUGUAAUUAUCUGGCUUUCUGAUCAGUUAUCUAACAAUGUCAAUGUAACAAUGUCACAUUCUAGUGUAACUUUCCGACAUUGCUCCAUGACAAACUUACAAUGUUAUUGUCAAUAACUUUUGGACCACUUCAUAUAUUUUCUAGUUUUUACUGUUGUUGAUGUUGUAAAAUUAAUGUCUUACAAAUUUACAUUCCACCUCAGCCUACAACCAGAGAAUUAUCACAGUGCACAGGAUCUGUUCAAGUUAUGUGUUAACUAAGUCUACAAUCAAACCUUGCUUUGUUAAAUUUUCAAUUUUACCCUGGCUAAUUUCUUCAUGCCAGUUAAGCCAUUGAAAAGUUGGGAUAUACUUUUGGCUGUAGUUGAAUCUCAAACAACUAGUCCAAUUAAUAUCUUUAAAGUUUGACAGAAUGAAGUUUGACUGUAGUUUAAAUAAUUCAUUCACAAGUUAAUACAUUUGACAAGUGAUGUCACAAAUAAAAGUUGUGAAAAUAAAUUUUUGUUUCUGAGUAGACUAUUAGUACAAUUUUUCACUACAAGAAUUUCUUUCAUGUGUGCAUUCACAAUUUUGAAUGACCAAUUAUUAUUAAACAAAAGCAUGUAAUGUUAUAUUUCUCUCUGGAUAAUUCCCUGACAAUAAAAUAUUU